UGUGUUAGCUUUAGCAAGUGUAUUCUGUAUACAUGAGCAGCUUUAUCGUGCGCGGUGUUGGUAUUACGAUAAUGAUUAUAGAAUUAUAAAACACGAUUCGAACGAAGUAUAAUGGCGUUUUAUCGGCUGCUGUGCACCUAUAGCUAACAGUGCUCCUCGCAGACAGGGUCAUGUAACCAUAGAAGCAAGGUGACAACGUGAUAACGAAGCCAUUUACGUCAUAUUUACUUUACUUUUGAAUGAUCGGAAAAAGUCACCAUCCACUAAAGAGAGUAAACAUCGCAAAUACAGUAUAGCAUACAGUGUACUACUCAAUAUGCUAUAACUACCGUGUUAUGCUAAAUGUACAAAUCAGUAAUGCCCCCCAACCCUAUGUGUCUCUUACAAGGUUACAAGUUUGGUGGAAAUACAAGGUUUUGAGGUACUCCGCAUGGAUUCUUCAUGUUAAUCUCGGGUUUUUUGAAGCUGAGUCGAGCGGAGGUACGUGUGGGGAGACUGGCGGCUCAACUCAGCAAAGUGGCCAUGUCCACCUCUGAAGCCAACCGCGAGGCUCCGACUGCAGCCAUCCUCAUCAUCGGAGACGAGAUACUCAAGGGCCACACCGCGGACACCAACAGCACCUUCCUCACGCGAGCGUUAAGGAAGCUCGGCGUGUCCGUGCAGCGUAUAACGGUCAUACCAGACGUCCAGGAGGUCAUCGCCAAGGAAGUGGCCCUUCUUUCAUCUCAGCACACCCACCUCAUCACUUCCGGCGGCAUCGGUCCCACACACGACGACGUCACCUUCGAGAGCGUCGCCAUGGCUUUCCAAGAGGAGCUCUAUCCCCAUCCCGAGCUUUCCCGGCUGGUGGAGGAGUUCUUUGGAAAAGCGGAUAAAAACAGUGCGUUCGUGAAGCUGGCCAUGGUGCCCCGGUCAGCGAAACUCAACUACGGAACGGACCCUCAGACUGGAAAACCUCUUCGCUAUCCACUGGUAUUUGUGGCCGCAGAUGAGGCCCAAAUCGCCCCUGUGCUCACCAAACUGCAGGCCGCCUGGGGCCGCAAGGUCGCCCUCGGCUCCUACCCGGACUGGCUGAGCAACUACCACAGAGUCAGGCUGGUCCUGGACUCCGACAGCCAGGAGGAAGUGGACAAAGCUCGGGCGCAUCUGAUCGACGACCUGCCCAAGGGGAGCGUGGUGCCGCUGGUCACCGACCCGGUGGCCAUCGCCACCGCUGAGGUGUACACGCUAGCCAAUAGCGGCACACCGCUGGGCGAGAAAGUUGCGUCGGCGCUGAAAACGAUGGAGGCGGCGUUGGAUCAGUAUUCCACCGAGGAGGUCUGCGUCGGUUUUAACGGCGGCAAAGACUGCACGGCACUGCUGCAUCUCUACUACGCCGCCAUGAAGCGGCGCUACCCGGACAGUAAAGACAAGGUGAAAGCUCUUUACAUCCGCAUCGUCUCCCCAUUCCCAGAAAUGGAGAGGUUCCUCCAGGAUACUAUAAAAAGGUACGACCUGGACCUGUUCUCUGUGGAGGGCAGUAUCCGCCAAGCCCUGAUCGACGUCCACGAGCGGAAGCCGGAGCUGAAAGCCGUCCUGAUGGGCACCAGGAGGAGCGACCCUUACUCUGUCACUCUCACACCCAUGUGUCCCACCGACCCCGGCUGGCCCCCCUACAUGAGAGUCAACCCCUUGCUGGACUGGACUUAUCACGACAUCUGGUCCUUCUUGAGGACGCUAUACGUGCCCUACUGCAUCCUCUACGAUAAAGGGUACACGUCACUGGGCAGCAUGGACAACACGUGUCGAAACACGGCGCUGCAAGUGGUGGACGGGAGGGGGGCGACCCGCUACCAGCCAGCCUACCUGCUGGAGAACGAGGAGGAGGAAAGGAACUCCCGUGCCUGAUAUUUGCUCAGCACUUCACUGACAUUUUUUACUUCAUUCCAGUAGCAGAAAAACUGUCAAAUGAAGACGUGUGUGUGUGUGUGUGUGUGUGUAUGUGCCCAAGUGCCUAGGUGUGUGUUACCGAUGUGCUGCUGAAUAAACCAUCAAUCAAGUCAGCGUUAUCUGCGGUCAUGUGACUAUACGGAGCCACAAUUGAUUGAGCUUGAAUACGAAUCUAUUUGUCUCACUUUUAGAACCAAUAAACUGCCAAAAGACUGCCACCGUUA